AUGCCACAGCUUUUUUCGAUAGCGGUGCUGCAGCGGAUCCGCGAAGCGACUCGCUCAGUGCGGGCCCUCCUGCGCGUCAUGGAGGGGAGAGGAACCGCUCAGGCCUUCAGGCACACAUUGCCCGAUGCGAGCGAUGUGGCGCGCCGGCAGUUCCGGGGGGCUGUUCUUGUUCUCUCCCGAUUUCGGGGUCCGACGUCGCGGGGAACAGAGAUGGACGACGGUCGGUCCCUGCUCAACGCCCAGGUUGGGGGAAAGAGGCACUGCGUUGAAGUGGAGAUGCUGACAGUGCGGGCGGCGGUUGAGUUUGCCAUCGGGGCCGCAGCGUGCCAGAGGCAGUGCCUGGCCCGGCGCGUGCGAGGGCCAGGCCGCGCCUGCCUGCAGCGGCCCAGCACGUGUGCGAGGGCCGCGUUUUCUCCCCGACAAUUGCUGCGCUCCCGUCGCCGUCUUCCUCCCUUCAGGCAGUGGCGAAGCGUCCUGGCUCGCCUAUAG